CUGUUCCACUCCCGUCCCCCACCCCCACCCACCCAGACUACCUCACUCACACGGAUCGUGACUGCGGACUUAUCUUUUUCUCCUUGCGGGGAUUCUGCGAGUGGGCAUACUUAUCUGCCAUUAAACCCGAUUGGACAAGGGGGGAGAAUACAAGCUUUUUUUUUUUCCUUCCUCGUGUCCUUCGUGGCUUCUCAUUCGUUUACCUGCACCGGUCCGAGUUGAGAAGAGCAACAGCCUCCGGCUGCGCAUCAGUGAGAUAGACACGUUCUAAAUCAGACUGCAAUCAUGGAUGAGAUGGAUCUUCCCCAGAUGAAGAAGGAGGUGGAGAGCCUCAAAUACCAGUUGGCUUUCAAACGAGAGAAGUCGUCCAAAACAGUGACAGAUUUGGUGAAGUGGAUAGAAGACGGCGUCCCCGAGGAUCCUUUUCUCAACCCUGAGCUAAUGAAGAACAACCCGUGGGUGGAGAAAGGAAAAUGCAUCCUUCUGUAGGACGCGCCUAGCUUAACUAACGUUCUCUUCUAGUUUGCCCCACAACACACACCUACAGAUGACUCCCGACCCCAGGACUAUGCCUCACGACCUCUCACCAUGAAUGUAUAACAGUCCCGAGCAAACGCACAUCCUGACGAGACCACACAAACACACACACGCUUUUCCCUGACUGCCACAAUCUUCUCUUACAAGUUCAUUCUUGCCACGUAAAUGCAUUUUUCGUUUUUCUCCAACCCGAUCAAUACUAGACGUCUCUAUAUACGACAACCUACUUAUGCAGCCGCGAGGCACAAUGUUUCAUUCACUUGUUUGCAAUUAACAUCUAUAAAUGCUUUCAUUCACUCUAUUGCUUUUCUUUUCAUUGAGAGCUUAAGUUACACGCCGCUCACUUGUUACUAACUGAAGCGAACUUUUUAUACGCAAAUGUAAACGGAUUCUUAAAUUUGGUGGCUGACAUGAUGCCUUAAAGUUGUAAAUGGUCAUUAUUUGCGUCAAUGCAAAUGAUUAUUUUGUGUCACGGAAACAUUGAGUAAUUAUUGUAACGCCCUAAGACGUCGUGAAGAUUGUAGUCGACAUCGUUUGACACGUUUUCAAGACAUUUCAUUUAUGGUUUUCAUCAACAGCAUCAUUUGCCUGACUAAUAGUAUGUAAUAUUAAUAUCCCAUUGGAACAAUAAGUGUGUUGCUUGUUAGGAAGCAGCAAUAUCACAACAUUUAUUGGCAAAUUAUUUGACU